ACUUCGCGAGGCUGACAUUGUCGCUUUACUCACUUUUCACCGAUUAUUCGAGUUGCAUAUUUAUUACGUCGUCGUGGAUUAAUCAUCUUGAAUAAUCGACCAUAAUUGACGAAAUUGCAUCAGAAUUUUCUUCAACUGUAGCAGAAGAAUCUCUUUCAAUAAAGAAUAAAAGGAGCCGAAGUGCUUUCGUGCGAACGCAUAAUGGAGAGACGAGAUUUUAACAUCAAAAGUUAACUUUGGUGGUUCUAUAGAAACGCGGCAGUCAUAUGUUUCAUGGUGAACAUAUGAUGAAACAGGCAUUGCAUUCGACUCGCACUUCUACGUUCGACGUACCUGAUGGUACUCUGCUCGCGGUGCAUAUCUCGCCAAUUCGCGAAUCGACGCAAAGAUGGUAAUAAAAAUAUUAGUCAAAGAUGGACUGGAAAUGACUACCGAAGACUGGGUCAUAAUUGACGAAACGACUUGUCACAUUUAUACUAUGCUAGACCAACUCAUUGAAGAUUCUAUAUAAUGGAUAACACACACAAUUUAACUUACGAUAACUUAACAUACGAUGAUACGGUAUUUCUAAAUUGUGAACUUAAUUUAUCGUUUAUCGCUAUAAUUAAUCAGAUACUCUACUCCAUCGUUUGUAUCGUUGGACUUCUUGGGAAUACUUUGGUCAUUUAUGUUGUUCUACGCUUCGCGAAGAUGCAGACUGUCACAAAUAUGUACAUUGUGAACUUGGCGAUCGCGGACGAGUGCUUCUUAAUCGGUAUACCAUUUUUAGUAACAACGAUCAGUUUACGUGGCUGGAUCUUCGGUAAUAUUAUGUGCAAAGUGUAUAUGAUCACGACUAGUAUCAAUCAGUUUACUAGCAGCAUCUUUCUACUCAUCAUGAGCGCUGAUCGCUACAUCGCUGUGUGCCACCCGAUUUCAUCCCCGAAGAUGCGCACGCCUUUCAUCUCAAAAAUAAUUUCGAUUUCUGCCUGGGUCACUAGCGCUCUCUUCAUGAUACCGAUAUUUCUUUAUGCAAAUACUAUGGAAUACACAAAUGGCGUUGUCAGUUGUAAUAUUUAUUGGCCUAACGAUCACGGUGGUCAUACUACUUUUACGUUUUACAUGCUUAUCUUCAGCUUCAUCAUUCCCUUAAUAUUUAUACUGGUUUUCUACUUAUUGGUAAUAAAAAAACUGCGAACAGUGGGUCCAAAGAACAAAUCAAAAGAGAAGAAACGAUCACAUCGAAAGGUCUCCAGGCUGGUCUUAACAGUUAUUGUUGUAUAUGUCUUCUGUUGGUUACCUUAUUGGGUCACCCAAGUGGCCUUGAUAUAUACCCCGCCAAAACAAUGUCAAACCAAUAUUAGUAUUGCAAGUUUUCUUCUAGCUGGUUUCCUGAGUUAUAGCAAUAGCGCUAUGAAUCCGAUUCUAUAUGCUUUUUUAAGUGACAAUUUUAAAAAGAGUUUUCUGAAGGCAUGUAAUUGUGCUGCUGGAAAGGACAUUAAUGCGACACUGAACAAUGAAAAUAGCGUGUUCCCAAGAAGGAAAAUUAAUGAUGAUAGAUUACAACAUGAUCAAAUAAUAGCAGCUGGAUCAUCUAGAAUGGAUUUUGACGAUGAGGAGACGGACAGAGGACUGCUUAGCAAGACCUCCACUACCACAGUGACAAUGACAUCGAGAUCAAACAUCGAGAUCACAGUAAGCAACGAUUACAAGGAUUCAGCACAAAGGAAUAAAGAUUUAAAUAAGAAUGGUGCACAAUUAACUCUAUUGACGCAGGUUUGAGCGCGAUAUAUCAAUACAGCAGACUCUCUAGGGUGAGAACUUAUUGCGAAUUGUAAACACAAAAUCCAACAAGUCCUCCAGCAAAUCUAUUAAUAAUAGUGAUCUGAAAAUUUUGUGCGAAAAUGUGAAGUAUAAAUUUUAGUGCUUUAGCUAAAUACUAAUUAAUAUAGGAAGAGGAGUUACGCUUCUACGGGAAUUGAAUUCUAAAUGUCAUUCGUUAAUCGUAGUAUAGUAAAGGAGAAGGCAAUAUUAUGGCCAGUGUAUA